UCAAGUGCUUUAGACGUCCCUCUAUUCUCGUUUUUCAGUGGGCAACCAAACAUACAAGGAUCAGCAUCCCUUCCCCUUCCCCCAAAAGAGUGUCUGUCGUUCCAUCUCUGAAAACGCGCUCGCAACAAACGAGAGAAGGGCGAAGACGGAGGACCAAGCCGUUCUUCUUCCUUGGCCUCACUCUAGGAUGGAGGACGGAGGGACGGACGUAUGUACUACUAGUACUACCACCACCACCACCACCACCACCACCACGGAAUAGCUCUUGAUAGAACUCAAAGUCCUCUCAGGGUAGUGGAACUCGCCGAAGAAAACCCUCGUCAGUGUGACUAGAUCAAAGAGAGACGAAACUUGAAAUUCAUAUCAUUCAUAACGUGUUAGAACCUUGGAUUCUCAGAUUCUUGCGGGAAACACUUGUUGUGGGUUGCCAUUUGUUUUGAGUUGUUCGCUUCGGUCUGUUCUUGAACUCCAAUUGCCGGGAUUUAGAGGAAAUCGGGAGCCUGUUUCUCGGUGGACCCAUGGGUCACGCUGUGCACGUUCCAAAGGAAAGUGACGGGCAAGAAAUGGAUUGUGGAUCAAGGGAGCAUUAUCUCUCCAGUUAGGGUCCGGAGUCGUGACAAGGAGCACUUUGUAGACCUUACAAAAGAACUUGUUUCCAUUUUGAUGGAUGGUACUGAAGACAACAACAAAGUGCUUUUCCCGCGAGCAGAUGAAAUCAGCGAGUGCCUGAAAGGAGACCCAAACGCCAGAUUUGGGAUCAGAUCCAUCUCGAGUGUUCAGUGAGAAACUUGUGUGCAGGGGAAUUAUUCAAGACCAAAGCGCCAUUGCCCGUCUUUGUACGCUGACAACCGCGUAUUCGUCCCAGCUCAACAGAACAACAAUGGCUUUGUAUGGAUUGACCGACAUUUGGGGUUGUUCGGCGGACUGGAUGCUUGUUUAAAUAACCUGGCUUGUCCUCGGGCAAAUUCCGUUGUCGCUCCAUGGGAGAUUAGCCUGGAGAGCGAAAGAAACUAUGGCGUUGAUUGCCAAGUGGUGGAACUCUUUAUGGCUUUGGGCAUGCAUUGUUGUUGGGCCUACGAGAAGCUGGGCCGCUGUGGACAACGAUAACGUCCCUAUAACGGCUGUUCAAUCUGUGGCCGGAAUGUUGACCAAUUUGCCGUGUAAUAUCACACCUUCUUUGCCUGGUGACAAGGUCAACUUGGUUCUAUGGUACAAAGAUGGUUUAGGAAAACCGCUGUAUAGUUUUGAUUUACGCGGGGACAUGGCGGAUUCAGAUGGCAAAAUCUGGGCCGGGGAGGACAUGGCGGGCCCCAAUGCUAACAUGAAAUUCCCCUCCUCACCCGCAAAUAACAACAACUACCGAGCUCAACUCUACAUUCAUUCCGAGCCCACUGCUGUGCUUUCACUUCUCGGCGUGACCGAAGACGACGCUGGCUCCUACAAAUGCCGCGUGGACUUCAAACGAUCUCCCACCAGAUACUGGAGGGUCAAUCUUUCAGUUAUAGUUCCACCCAAUUCUGCUGUGGUUUUGGAUGAAAAAGGUUCGCCGGUGACAGGCAGGAUUGGCCCAUUUAAUGAGCUCUCCACUCUCAUCCUCACUUGCGACAUUCUUGGUGGAUGGCCGUCCAGCCAAGUGACUUGGUGGAGGAAUGGCGAACUUAUCGAUGAUAUCUAUGAAGAGAUUGCCCCCGGCAAAUCUCGCAACACCAUGAAAGUCGAGACCCUUCGUCGAGAGGACAACGGUGCAGAAUUCGCGUGCUUGGGUAACAACAAUAACGAUACACAGCCAAUCUCGACCACGGUCUCCCUGGAAAUGAACCUUCGGCCCCUAAAAACGAUGUUGAUGUGGGAUGGAGAGCCCAUGACAGCCGAGCGUGAAUAUGAGAUCCGUUGUGAAACAUUCGGAGCUCAACCUUCAGCCACUGUCUCGUGGUGGAUCAACGGAGAUAUUCGAUUGAAGGAUUGCAAAACAGAGAUCUCACCGGAUGGGAAUAUCACUCAAAGCGUUUUGAAGUUUCGGCCCUCGAUGCAAGAUCACGGUCAGAUCCUGUCUUGUCGAGCUGAGAAUCCCGUUCUACCCAAUUCCGUCAUUGACCAAGGGAAGAAGAUGGAAAUUUAUUAUGCCCCCUUGGUGUCCCUGAAGCUUGGAUCAAAUUUGGACGAGACGGAUAUAAAAGAAGGCGAUGACGUUUAUUUCGAGUGUCACAUUCAGGCCAACCCGGGCGCUCAUAAAGUCGCUUGGAUGAAAGAUGGCGUGGCAUUAUCCCCUGAUUCACGGCGUGGCAUCAUCAUCAAUCAGCAUAGUCUAGUCAUUCAGCGAGUGGAUCGGGUCAGUGCCGGAAAAUACGUCUGUCAAGCUACAAACGCGGCCGGAUCGGGGUCAAGUGAUGAAGUCCAACUAAGCGUGAAAUAUAUCCCUGUGUGUGGCAGACCCCCCAAAGGCGUAGGAGUGGGAAAAAAUGAGGAAGCCCGAGUGGUGUGCCAUGUGGAUUCGAACCCUCCGCCCACGGAUUUCUACUGGCAGUUCAACACCACCACCGAGGUGAACGAUCUGCCGGAUGAGAACGUGUUGAUCGACAAUUCCAUCAGCAUUGCCACCUACAUUCCAAAGUCGGAGAUGGAUUAUGGAACCUUGAUGUGCUGGGGCCGGAACGAAUUAGGUCGACAGAGAAGACCGUGUUUGUUCCACGUUAUUCCCGCAGGCAAGCCCGACCCCGUCAAAGAUUGCGCAGUCACAAACAAAACCUUCUCAUCGAUCUUCAUCGAGUGCAAACCGGGCUACAACGGCGGACUUCAGCAAUAUUUCAUCAUUGAAGUGUUCCCCAUGUCAGCCAUCGACACAAAUACCUUGAGCCAGCACAAUCAUCAGGGGACAACGUCCGAGAGUACCUCCCCGGUGACCACGUCGUCCAUGACCGAGACCAAGAUGGCCUCAAGCCAAGGCCGACUCACAUCGCCCAUUUCGACGGUGAAGAAUAUACACUUCCCCCAGUUCUCCGUCGAAGGCUUGAACGCAGGGACAGCUUUUGGCAUUGUGGUCUACGCCCAGAACUCGAAGGGGGAUAGCGAGAAAGUUGUGCUCAGGGCUUUCACAUUGAAGAAUGACCAUGGUCAUCAGUUGGACCAGCCCGAGGCCAAAUUGGGGAUGGAUAACCAGCGCCAACAACGACAGGUGUAUCCGGUGGUGUGGAUUGUGGGUCUCGUGGCUACCAUUAUGGCUCUGGUUAUCAUACUCCUGGGAUUCGUGAUACACACUCGGUGCUUCACCUUUCGCGGAGCCCCGAGAAAUGGAGGAACUUCUUCCAGAUCUGGAGCCCACCUUGUAAAGGAUCAUAAACAGGGACCAGGGGGAGGAUCGUCCAACAAGAAGCAGAAGAGGAAAGGCAAAGGCGCGUGGAAAAAUGGCACUAUGAAAUUCCCCUAUCAAGAGCAGAAGGAACAGAGCCACCAGCUUCUCCAUACCAACAACUCUCUCAACCAUCACGAUCCGUUACUAUCAGAUGCCAGGGAAACUUCUGCCGUGGACGGUGGGGCAUUCCACGUAGAUUCGUCUUCAGGGGGUCUUGCGAGUCAAUCUUCCACUCAACAGCCAGUGUUCAGCCAGAAAGAUGGCACCCUCAUUCCGAAGCAUCUUUCUUACCACCAUCACCACCACCCGCAUCAGUACCCACGACACCAACAACACCAACAACACCAACAACAUCAGCAACCACCACAUCAGCACCAGCAUGCGCCUCCGCACUUAAUGUCACCCAUGUGUUUAUCCGUGUCCGGGAAAUACCUAACCAAUCCGCGAGGCUCUGUGUGCUUGGAGGAUCAGCCUCGUCGGCAUGAUAAGAAUAAGGCCCUGAUGUCUUAUCUUCACUACACGACGUUGCCGCGGAAUAGCUCAGCUCUCUAUCAUGCCAAUCCAGGGUCAAGCCAGGACAGUCAAACGCCGUUACUCUAUCCACGGCCACCUUCAACGACGUCAUCUCACCACCCGUCGCAUUCUCAGCAUGGAAUGGGCCCACUUCGAACGGUCGAGGACCGACCAAGAACUAGCACUUCUGAUCAGGAUAUGGAAGUCAAUUAUGUGGAGCUCUCACUCCCCAAUUCCCAGACGGGUUACGUCCGAAGUAAUCAUGCCGCCAACCAAGGUUUCGACCAAGUUAUGCCUCCUAAUUCAUCGAGCUUUUCCACCACCUCUUCAACGUUUCGGCCCUCUUGUCAAACUUCACCGAGGGACGUCAUGGAUCUUCUUCCCCCCGAGGUGAUGGACCCCGGGCAGCCUGUAGUUUACGCUACCAUUAAUCAUUCUGCGUCGGCGUCGUCGGCUCUGGGGGCUCCAUCGUCCCCGGGUGGCAACGUGGGCAAUAAUGACCGGACUCGGGAUGGAACAGCCGCCUCCGCUGCCGGCGGUCCCGCCACCGCCCCCUCCUCGUCUUCCUCCUCCUCUUCCGUUUUGCCACCGCCUGUUCCCCCGGAGUUCGCAGAUCCACCUGUUUUCACUUCCACCGACCAACCACCAUCCGGUUCCAAUAAUCAAGACGAGCUAUUCAAUGGAGCAGGUGGCCCGACCUCUCUUUCACUGCCUUUGGCGUCGUCCUCCACAAAUUUGACCCGGUUUUAGACACCAGGCUGACAACCCCAGCGUUGAAUUAACAUUUAAGUGCCAUCCAUCGGAAGAACGAACAGCCAUGCCGCUCGUUGCGGUGGCCUCUUCGCCCAUGAUGAAUGUCGCAUCAUGCGUUCGCACCUCCCGGGCAUCAAAACUCCCCCCCCCCCGGAACAUGGACCAUCAACCUUGGCGGAACAGGCACCAAUAGCUCAACACGAUUUUGUGCCAAAUGUUAUUAGAGAUCUUUGGUAAUGUGGAUGUACCGUCAAACCGUGCAGUUUUACACCGCCGCAUGUGAAUUUUCUCAUCUGUGAUACUUCUCUCGCGACUUUGUUUUCCAUUCCUUUUCAAAUGUAUAUUGGAUGUGCGGACUAGAAACGCCUCAGACAUUUUCUCGAGGAAACACCGUGGAUUGAAGGGGUUUCAGGUCGCUUGACA